CUGUGGUCGUACGGCUGUGGAUGUGCAUCAGUGAUAACUGGUACUUCACAUCCACCCCGAACAAAUCACUGCACAACACAGAGCAGCUAGCACAGCAGUUCGUGAUACGGACAGGGGACACCGGAGGAACCAAGUGCACCGAGCUGCAGCUGGCGAGUGUGCACUGGCAUCGCCCAUUCAGAGGGGAAGAGAGAACGGUGGGCAACGCUGCGGCUGCAAUGAGAGCGGCUAGCAGAAAGCAGCAGCAAUCACGGCAACCACGCAAUAGCACCACCGCCUGCGUGGUGACGCUGUUGAGCGGCGGCGGAGGCUCGAUGGCGGCGGCAGCAGCAGCGUACACGCCGUCCAGGUCAUCUCGCGCGUCCUCUCUAGCAGCAGGUGUCCUGCCUGCUUUCGCGGCCCGGGUAUCUUCUUCUCUGGCGAGCAAGCGCAACCAUGGCGAGCGUGAGGUGGGAUCUGGGAGGUCCUCGCUAGUUGCAGUUGGACGGAGAACGAGCAGCAGAGGCCGCCGCACCAACGACCGAGGGGUGUCAACGGCUGUGUCGAUGUCGGCUGAGGUCUGGAAGAUACAGCCGUGGGGGUUAGGCCUUCUUGGUGGUGCGUUCUCACGGGCAGGGGGGUGGCCUCCAGCUGUCGGUGACAGGAGGCGAACGCUUGCGAUCUCGGCAGCGACGACCGAGGGGGGGAGGCGCUUCGACUCUGCGGAGCUGCUCAAGAUGGGCUACAGGGACUUGCAGAAGCUCGCCAAAGAAAACGAUGUACGCGCUAACCAGGCCGGAGAAGCCAUCGUCAACGACCUCUUGGCUCUGGGGGCUAAUCCAGCCAAAGGGCCGGAUAGCAACGGAGAAGAUGUCGCGGUCCCUGCGAUGCGGGAGUCGUCGGAUUGGGUUGCCGGCGUCCUUGAUGAAGACAUCAUGGCAGGGGUUGAUCUCGAGGCGGACGGCGAAGACGACGCUGACGGCGAAGACAGUGAAACUUACGCUCAAGCUGUCAAGAGGGCUACCUCGGGCAAAUUUACCGCCACCGACAUGGAGGGGCUCAAGGGCGGGGUGGACCGGGGGGAUGGGUGGGUGACCUUCAAGCUGGGGAAAGGGGAUUCGCUCGGUCUUGACGGGGAGGGUGACGACGACUACUUCGACGACGAUGACGAUUAUGACGACGAGGAUGGUGGCGGGGGCGAUGACAUGGACGCUCGUAUACGGGACGCGGAAGCGUCAAGGUUCCGACUGUCUCCGGAGAUGAUGGCCUCCAGCGCGGAGGACUUCGGGUUCGGUCGAGACGCGGCAGACCUCGAGAAGCUGACGAUUACCGUCCCGACGGGUUGCUGCCCCGGCUGCGGGAGCAAGUUCCAAUCCGACGACCCGGCAAGCCCCGGGUUUCUUCAGCUCGACAAGCUCGACGACCUGCUUGGUAACGAAGGGGUGGCUGCUACGGUGACGACGGCAGAGGACACAAGAGAAGCAGCAGCGGUGGCGACGGACGAGGCAGACAUGGACCCGGAAGCAUGGCUGGAGGCGCAGUCCGACAUCAACACCGACCUAGACUUCGACCUGGAUCUAGCCGAUGAGGACGAUGAGGAUGAUGGAGGCGACCCUAGGGGGGAGUUGGUAGAUAGGUCGUACGGAUCUCCGGCCGGAGGAGGGGGAGGGCUGGGACGAGCCUCGAGAGACACAGCGGUGCUAGCCGGACGCACACCGUCAACAGCAGCAGCAGCAGCAGGAGCAACGGAGUUGUCAUCAAAGGAGGCGGUGGCGGGGUGGGGGCUACCGGGGACGGGGAUGGCGACCUUAGAUGAGGAAGGCGAAGAGGAGCAAGAGAAGCUGCUCGUGUGCCAGAGGUGCUACCGGCUGAGGAAUUACGGAAGCAUGGAGGACACCCUGAGACCCGGGUUUUCGGAAAGUGACCUGCUGACCCCGCAGCGAUUUCUGGAGCUCCUGGGCAGCAUCCGAAAGCAGCGUUGCCUCAUCAUCUACCUGGUGGAUCUCUUCGACUUCCACGGCACCUUCCUCUACAACCUGCCCAAGAUCACAGGAAACAACCCCGUUAUUGUAGCCGGUAACAAAGUGGAUCUGCUGCCGAAGGACCUCAAGAGGCAAAGGGUCACCAAGUGGGUGCGCGACAAGUGCCGCGAGUCCGGGCUUCCGGACAUGGAGAUGAGGGACGUCCACCUCGUCAGCUGCAAGCACGGCGUCGGUAUCCCGCCGCUGAUGCGCAAGGCGAGGGAACAAGCAUUAAGAGGAAAACGCGAUAUUUACGUUCUCGGGGCGGCUAACGUCGGCAAGAGUACCUUCAUCAACUACAUCAUCGAAGACAGGUGCUGCAGCAGCAUAGAGUACACCGUGUGA